GUAGUGUUGGUGUGCUGGCUGGAGGAAGCAAGUGUUUCCUUUGGGCUCGCUCUUACUGCUACGUUUAGGUCUGCCCAUACAGUAACGUUAUAUCUGUUAAGUUUGGCGCCUGACUAUCAUGUGUUUAAUUCUCCUGCUCAUUUAUCCAGUUUCUGCACGUUAAUACGGCAGAACGACGUCUGAGAAAGAAAGAAAAAAAAAAAAAAAGCAUCUUUGAACAUAAUUGGAACACGAAAUUUACGAUGCCAUCCCCGAUGGAGGGAUCUUCCAGAGAAGGUGACCUCUUUACUGUGAAACACGAGCUUAAAAAUGCCAACCUGACGGGCCAUGUAGAGAGGGUGGGCAUUGAAAACUUUGAGCUAUUAAAGGUGCUGGGCACAGGAGCAUACGGCAAGGUGUUCCUGGUGAGGAAAGUGAGUGGUCAUGAUGCGGGAAAGCUGUAUGCCAUGAAGGUUCUGAAAAAGGCCACUAUUGUACAAAAGGCAAAGACUGCUGAACACACACGGACGGAGCGGCAAGUGCUGGAGCACAUCCGCCAGUCUCCAUUCCUCGUAACACUUCACUACGCUUUCCAGACGGAUACCAAGCUGCACCUCAUCCUCGAUUAUGUAAAUGGUGGGGAGCUCUUCACACAUUUGGUGCAAAGGGUGCGAUUUAAGGAGCAAGAAGUAGCCUUGUACAGUGGAGAGAUUGUGUUGGCACUAGAACAUCUACACAAGCUUGGGAUCGUCUACCGGGACCUGAAACUUGAGAAUAUUCUACUGGAUUCAAGUGGUCAUAUAGUUCUCACAGACUUUGGCCUCAGUAAAGAAUUUGAUCAGAUGGAAAGGGCAUUUUCUGUCUGUGGCACCAUUGAAUAUAUGGCUCCAGAAAUUGUGGAAGGCGGAGAGUCUGGACAUGACAAGGCAGUGGACUGGUGGAGCCUUGGCGUGCUGAUGUACGAGCUUCUGACUGGCGGAUCACCCUUCACCGUUGAUGGAGAUGAGAACUCACACACAGACAUUGCCAAGAGGAUUUCAAAAAAGGACCCCCCUUUCCCCAAAGACAUGGGACCACUGGCCAAAGACCUCAUCCAGCGACUCCUCAUCAAAGAUCCAAAGAAGAGAUUGGGUUCGGGUCCUAAUGGAGCAGAGAAUGUAAAAAAACAGCCGUUUUACCAGAAAAUUAACUGGGAGGACCUGGCAGCUAAGAAGGUUCCUGCCCCGUUCAAGCCAGUGAUUCGGGAUGAGCUGGAUGUCAGCAACUUUGCCGAAGAGUUCACAGAGAUGGACCCCACCUACUCUCCUGCAGCUCUUCCUCAGAACUGUGACCGCAUCUUCCAGGGCUACUCUUUCAUGGCCCCCUCCAUCCUGUUUAAGAGGAAUGUGGUGAUGGACGACCCUGUCCAGCUGUGUGGGGGCUCUGAGAGGCCAGGCUCUGCUGCCGUGGCCCGCAGCGCCAUGAUGAAGGACUCACCUUUCUAUAUGAGUUAUGAGAUGGACCUGAGGGACAGUGUUCUGGGAGAGGGAAGCUUCUCCAUCUGCAGACGCUGCACACACAAGAAGACUGGACAGAAAUAUGCAGUCAAGAUUGUCAGCAAGAGGAUGGAGGCACAGACUCAGCGGGAAAUAGCUGCCCUGAAGCUCUGCGAUGGCCACCCUAACAUUGUCAAGUUACAUGAAAUUUACCACGACCAGCUCCACACAUAUCUGGUCCUGGAGCUGCUCGGUGGAGGGGAGCUGCUGGAGAGGAUCCGUAGAAAGCAACAUUUCAGUGAAACAGAGGCCAGCCGCAUCAUGCGAAAACUGGUGUCAGCCGUCAGUCAUAUGCACGACGUAGGAGUGGUGCACAGGGACCUUAAACCGGAGAACCUGCUCUUCACAGACGAGAGUGAGAACUCCGAGAUAAAAAUCAUAGACUUUGGCUUUGCUCGCCUCAAACCACCAGACAAUCAGCUCCUGAAGACUCCCUGCUUCACGUUGCAGUACGCAGCACCAGAGAUACUCAAAUAUGACGGCUACGAUGAGUCCUGUGACCUGUGGAGUCUGGGGGUCAUUCUGUACACCAUGCUGUCUGGCCAGGUGCCUUUUCAGUGUCAGGAGAAGAGCCUGACCCACACCAGUGCUGAGGAAAUCAUGAAGAAAAUCAAACAGGGGGACUUCUCGUUUGAAGGCGAAGCCUGGAGAAAUGUGUCCCAGCAAGCCAAGGACCUUAUACAAGAGCUGCUGACGGUGGACCCAAACAAGAGGAUUAAGAUGUGCGGCCUGCGUUACAAUGCCUGGCUUCAGGAUGACAGCCAGCUGUCCUCCAACCCACUCAUGACCCCAGACAUUCUUGGCUCCUCCACUGCCUCCGUCCACACCUACGUCAAAGCUACCUUUAAUGCAUUUAACAAAUGUAAGCGGGAAGGUUUCCGCCUGCAGACAGUGGACAAGGCACCACUAGCCAAGAGGAGGAAGAUGAAAAAGACAAGUACCAGCACAGAGACUCGCAGCAGUUCCAGCGAGAGCACCCACUCUUCGUCCUCCUCCUCCCAGUCUCAGGAGAAGACUUUUCCAGGGGGCGACACCAACCCGCAGCCCUCUAACAGCACACCCGUAAACACACCUGUGGCACUGGGAACAGACUCUGAGCAACAACCAGCUCAUCCAGCCUUUCACUUCUCAGAAGAUCAGUGAAACAGCGAGACAACAAGGGAGAUUCAGUUAGCUUCAUGAACUGCAGGAUGGCUUGGACCAGUGUAGAGACAGCUCUCUUCUCUUUCUCUCUGUCCCUGGCAGCUCUCUGCCUCUGGCUCAAUUGCAUGGACGUCCGCACGUCUCCAAAAUCAAGCAUGCAGCAGGAGCAGCAACCGUCACCUCAAUAUCAAUCAACCAAUCAUCACUAGCAAUAGCCUAUCCCUUUUUUUGUUUGUUUCUCUCUCCCACUUUCACACACAGACUGUAUCAAUCAGGGACUGGACCAGGAAGAAGUUGUCACCAGUGUCCAACAUGAAAAGGGCUGUCCUACUGCCCCAGGUCCAGACAGACAAUGGAGAGACAUCUUCAAACUCGUCACAGCUCCACCUGUCCGCUCUAUUUACCUGUCUUUGUCCAUGCCUCCAGAGGUUUUAAAGGGAAAGUCGUAGUGUUUACACCAUGGAUGCUUUGUAUUUUUUGUCAAAGAGAGAGAAGGAAUGCAACGUGCUGCAGCGUAAUGUAACUUGGGUCCACUUCUCUUUUCUGGGAAGUCUCUGCAAGAUGGAGCAGGGUAUUUAUAUGUGAAUUUUACAGACUGAAAUGUAUUUAUGAUAAGCUAUAUUGUUAACUUAUUUAUGGUUCAGACUGAUCUGAAAAGAAAUAAUGGAUACAGUGAGUCUUUUAAAAAAAAAAAUUGUGUAUGUGUGUAUUUUUCCUUAUCAGCUCAAAAGACUGUUUCAAUGUUGUCUGAUGGUUGUUCAUACAUCUUUGUACUCAUCAUAGACAUCAAUGCUUCAAGUAGGUUACUGAGACACAUUUAUGUAGAUAUUGUAACAUUAUAGGCUAGAAGAGAUUAAUACCAUUAGCUAUUGGUUAAUGGUUGUUCAGAUUUAUGUAACCAAAGUCUUUUGGACUCAUAACAUUAUUUAUGGAGGCUUGUGGGAUUGAAAUGCAGCUUUGUCCAGUGGUCAAAAAAAAAUCAAUUUCCUUGUUCAUAAGGAUUAAAAAAAGCAAAAGUGUAAACAUCUUUUUGUAGGAACAACCAAAUGUAGAUGUAGUAUGUUCAGCCAAAUCUGUGGUUUUAUUGUUGUUUAGGGAGUACUGCUGCCUGAGGGGAUGUGACCCCACAAGAAGAGCUAUAUUUAGACUUAUUUUUGCCUCUGAUGUGGGAGUAUGACUACUUAAAGUCUCAGCAUUACUGCUGUUCCACAUUGUCUGAUCCUCAAGUCGGUAUAUUUAGCCCAGCAGCGGAUUUGCCUUGUGUGGUAUAUAACGUAAUUGUCUCAUUCUCACUCAACCAAUUGGAUUGAGCAGAAUGCCCCAAAUGGAAAAUUCAGAUCAGCUUAGUGCUGAUCCGUCCAGAAGUUUGUGGUCAAGUUUUCCAAGAUCCCAAAUGCCAAAGGGCAGCUUCAAGUGGCUUCCUUUUUCAGAUACAAUUAAGUUUAAAAUGGAAAGGGUUAUGUGCCAAAAAAAUGCAGUCAAAUCAGGUAAUGGACAGGUUUGAGUCCUUGAGUUAAGGGUUCUGAGACAUUGACACUAUUUUAAUGCAAUAUAGUAAAACAAAGUUGCCCCUUGUGCCACUGCCCUAAGUCAUCUACAACCUAAGCCUACUACAGCAAAUUAUUUAAAAACUUCAGUUCCAGAGGACAGAGCUGAAACAAACACUCUUUUUACGUUUGACACCAUCCCUUGCUCUAUUUACCAUGUUGUACUGCAUGACUGAAAUGGUGAUCUUUGCACUGUGUGACAGCUCUCACUUUGAGGCGGAUAGCUGGUUAGUAUUAAGUCCCCAGUGCAUGAUGUAAACACCACUUUUUCUUUGUUUUUAUGGGCUUUUUUUUUGGGGGGGGGGGGCAGAUUCUUACUUGAUUUAAUGUGAGUUUGUUUACUUGCACAUUUGAAUAUCCCUGAUUUAAUUUGGGACUUGGGAGUUUUGCUGUUAGAGGUGUGAUGGAUGUAAACACCAAAACCCCUUUUACAGUAGCCUAAUUACUGUAAUGCUCCAAUGUUACAAUACUGUUGUUAGCCAGGGUAGUUAGGCAAGUAAAAUGCCAUGCUCUGUGAAUUGUUUUUUGCAAGUAUGUGUUAGUCUGUUUCCAUGGUAAUAGUUGAAAUACUGUAUUCUGUUAAUAUGUACAGGGGUAUUUGUGUUCAGUAUGUGAAGCUGCCUAGAAACAGUUUCUCCUGCUCAAUCAAGAUAGAAAUUCUUAGUUGGACUACUGUGAGCGUUUAAAUACACUCCCUCAUCUUCUUCCAUUUUAAUGCACUCUGAAUCUGAACCAAAGCAUUAACUUCAAGGUAGCUGCUCUAAGCUGCAUGAGAUAUUUCCUUUCAUGCAAAUAUGCAAAGAAAUGCUUCAUAUAUCACGGUUUCUGUUUGUUUUGUCCAAACUGGUGAAAUAUGUUAGAUGUUUCUAGUUCAGAUAAUUUUGUAACAGCGUACAGUGUUUUUCUUCAGAGAUCCUUUUACAGGAUCUAUAAUAUUCAUAUCCAGCGCAUUAUCAUGCUUUUAAACUAUGCAUCUCUUUUUGCUGUUGUGUUGCUUUUACCAUUUCAAAAAGACUUAACCAAAUGGGUCCAAAUGUAAUGCUUAAAAGGGCGUAAUAGGAUUUACAUAUACUGUACUUUAACUCUGAUGGCAUCAGCCACAGUAGAAAUAGCAAUGUAGGAUCUAUUGGUGUAUGAAAAGCUGGAAUCCUUGGAGCUAAACACUACAAAGCUCUUGUCUAACGUAGUUCGCAUGAGUUCCCCGUUGCUGCCUCAUUAAGCCUCUUUUCUUUUGUUUGGGUGUAUUAAUAGCUCAAGUGGAGGAAGAGGAAAAGUGUCCUAUAUUGAGCUCCCCUCUGGGAGCCAGGCUCUAUUAGCUGAUGUACUGCAGUGCUGUUUGUUCCAAAGAAAAUACCAUACUCUACUCACUGCCUCUGUGGGACCCAACUCACUUUUCUUUGUAGGGAAAAGAACUAUCCCAGGAAAGGGUUGCUUUAGUACCAAUGUCUCUUGGGGCGGAUUUUGAAACUAGGUUCUCCCCCCCUUUGAUGAACAACUUGUUCAGUGUGCCACUAUGAGGGAUAGAGAGAGAGAGAGAGAGGGAGGCCAGCUUUGAUUUGAUGUCCUGUUGUCUUUGAUACAUUUUUUUAUAGGUUCCCUGGUAUUUGAAUGAAAGUUCCUUUUCUGCCUACAGUGCUUCCUCUUUUUUUGCUUCUCUCUGAAUUAAGGUUGGAAACCUGACAACCUAAACCUUUGUACCUUUCUGCAACAUUAAUUAGAGGGCUUGGUACUGUUUGAACUGUUUAGUAUAAACUGGAGUCUGCUGUCGUGAGUUUUAGAGUCAAGGGAUUGGGAUGUUCAUGUGCGCUUCUGUACUUCUGUCAGUGGUGUCGUGCUGUAUGAGCUUGUGCUUGAGACAGAUGAGGGUGCCAAAGCUGAAAGUGACAUUGAGCAUCUGGCAGUGAAAGCACAGCUUCUCAGUCAGGUGCUUUUGUGCAUACAUUGUCUAUGAAUGUGAUACUGUUUUGGAAAGAUACCCUGGCUAGUGUGGCUCUUAUUUGGCCAGCUUUAAGUAGGGAUCAUAUGGAACUGUCCGCGGUGCUGAAGUGGCAAAUACUCUGUUGGAUUUCCAAUAAUGAUAUAAUGUGAUCUUUUAAAGCACUGAUUCCCAUCCAGGGUUACUUUUGCAGUUUUCAGAAGACUCCUAGAUCAUUUUAAGAACUAGAAAUUGUGCAAAGAAAGAAAACAAACAAACAAAUGUUAUUACAAAUCAGUAUGAGGCUUUCACAGAUUUUACACAUCACCGUCUGUUUACCGGUCUUGGGGGUUGUACUACACAUGUGAAAAUAAUAUCUUUGGUGGCUCCAGAGGGAGCUGGUCAAAGUCUGAUAAAUUGCCUCAAGUGAUGUCACUUAAGUCAGGGUCAUUUGGGUCUAAAAUCUGAAGGUGUGGAGUUAGAGAGUUUACCAGACCUCUGUAGCCCGCUCCUCAUCUCUGCUCGAGGUUACAUGAGCCACUACUAGCAUAACACACCUGAAUCUCCAACUGAACUGUUGGCAGUUAAGUUGCUUUGUGGGUAAUGUAGGCGUCAAGUUUUGACAAGGAAUAGGAAUGUGUGGAAUGAAAAAAGACAAUAUAUACUAUCUAUACUAUACUUUUUUAAAACUGUCCACCGUGAGUCUGACUGUUAUAGGAGUGAAAUUGAAAUCGGUGGAGCACUCUUUUUAUUGUUUAUUGUUUAUUUCCAUUAAACUCCUAGUUAUAAUAAGCUACUUGACCAGACCCAAACAAGCAAUAGCUUAAACAUCAAAAAUUUCAGGAUGACUACAUCUUGUAUGAAAAAAAACAAACAAUUGAAACAAUAUUCAGUUUUAUAUAAUUAAUAGUUUGAAAUAAGCUGCAGAUUUAUAUAAAUGUAUAUAUGACUGUAUAAGGUUGGGAGACACUGCUUCAAAUAGUCAGUUCAGAAGAAAGUAAAUUCAGUGAGACCUGUUCACAGUAUGUUGUGUGGAUUAUCCCAAAUAACAGACAUUGUUUCUAGUUCUAGGUCUAAAUCUAGUUGUUUAAUGCUGGCAGCAUCACAAACAACCUCCAUUAUAUUGAGGACCUUAAUAGAUUAGUAUGUCACAACCUGGCCACAAAAACCAAAGCUCGAGAGCAGUUGUGUAAGAAAAUCCUGUAUGCUUUUUUUUAUUAUUAUUUGCGUGAACUAACCCUUUAAUGAUCCACAUUGGAGAAAUUAUUUUUCUCUUAUAAAGGUCAGCUACAGAAUAGCACUGUUGUUUUUGCUCAGACACUUCAGCAAGUUGGGCGGCUCGGACUCAAACGUGUGUUUUUGGAAUUUAUUAGGUUUACUCUACCCAGUAUUGCUCUAUUGUUGAGAUUAAUGCAACAUGAAAAAGGCUUUAGUGUUUUAUUUUAUUGAGGGAAACAGUGAUGCUUUUGCCCACACAAGUUGUAAGGCAUGUUAUCCAGUGCUCGUGCCAACCUGCCACUUUAAGCAUCAUCAUCCUCACCAUCAUGCAUGCGCCACUGCUUGAUUCCUGUCAAUAUUUUCCAAUUUCGAAAUAUCCUUGUCAUAUCGUUACUGCAGUGUGUCAAAAAAAGUACUGUAGCAGUGAAUCCCUUUUGAGAUUGGUCAAUAUUAAACUGUUUGAAAACACGCAAUCAAGCUUUAAGGGAAAAACUUUGCACUUGUAUGUUAUUUUAAUCAUGCAAUUGAUUUUUUUGUAAAAGAAAAAAAAUAUGUCCUCUUUGACUUUGUGCAGGUUCAGAUGUUUCACCUUAUUCAUCCGUCUGUUUCUGUUGAUGGCUGUCAGACAUUUCUAAGGAGAUACUAAAAAUAUAAACCUCAACACCGGAUAGUACUUGUACUGCAAGGAUACACCAUGUGCAUACCUGCUUUUCUAGGGCACUGUGACAUCAUCAUUCAGGUCUAUAGGUACACCAUUGAUAGUUUGAGGAAAAAACCUUGAUUUGCUUCAGUAAAUGCUUUACUUGCUGGCUGAAUACAUCUGUACAUUUAAUAACCUGAUACCAGUCAUGAGUGUUUUAAGAGAUCCUUGGCUUCAUUGUAUUUUCAAGUGUAUUUACAUCAUUACUGAAGAUAUUUUGUGAUACCAGGAUUUGUGUGUAUGAGUUGUCAGAAGGACAAUAAAUGUACGAUUUCCUGUUCAUUUU